AUACAGCAACAAUACAUAAUUUGUUUUACAGGCGCUGGUAUAGGUUUGUCCCAUCUUCCGCGUCCUAUUCUAAAGUUUGUCAAUCGCAAUCAAGAAAUUGAAGACAUUAAGAAACAUCUUCUCCCACACCCACAAAACGACUGCAGUUGUGUCUUAGUACACGGUGCUGUUGGGAUGGGAAAAACAGCCACUGCUAUUAAAGCGGCACAUGAGAUUCGAGGUAAUGACGAUAACACUACUGUCGUCUACAUCAACUGUAGUGCUGUCAAUUCAUGUGAUGAUCUUGCGGUGAAGAUUUCCCAGCAAAUCUAUCAUUUCCCUUUGAAUGAAUCGACUGCAGAAGUUAAAAGGAGGCUAAUAAGUGAGAAAGAUCUCCUCGUCAUUUUGCUGCUGGACAAUUUUCAAUACUUGGACCCGCUGGAUCGCAAUGAGGAAGCCAACAUGAAUCCGGAGAUAACAAGGACUGACCAAACAGAAGGGUUUAAAGUUAAAAAGUUCAUCACAGAAAUCAUCACAGCCUCAACUAACGUCAAGCUGCUCGUUACCUCAUCAGUGUUAGCGUAUUUUCCAGACACAUGUCAACACAUAGUAAGCCUGCAUCCGUUAGGGAGGAGUGCAUCAUUUGAGCUUCUGAAGAACACCUAUUGUACUGACCGUCAGCUGGACGAAGAAAUUGCUUACAAAAUAGCCAGAUUUUGUGAUGGUAUUCCGCUCGCCCUUAUUUCCUUGGCUUCUUGGCAAGACCAUCCACCCGAUCUUGUGCAAAUGAUGACCAACGCCAACCCAAGGGACAAAUUCGAGAAAUUUAUAUUAAUUCCUGAAACUGAUGCAAGUAAGAAAAUAGACGUGUGCCUUGACGCUUGCUUUUACAGACUUGACCAGGAUCUACGACACACUCUUAUUUGUCUUUCGCUGUUUAAAGGACAUUUUACCAUGUCAACAGCUAAAGAAGUCUUCUGUUCAGAGGGGUUAGAAGGCCGCAUUUUGGAAUUGGCUAGUCGAUCUUUCUUAGAAAGGAACAUAUUAGGUCCUACAGCUCCGUGCUGGUACAGUCUUCUUGGAGUCCAAAAACUCUACUGCCAAAACAAGGCCCAAGAAGAAGGUGCAAAACAAGAAUACGAGAACGGCCGAAAGCGUUUUAUCGACCAUUUUCUCUCUCUUCUUGAAGAGGUUUUCAAGAAGUUCCUGAGCAAAAGCGCUUUUGAAUCUUGCGAUAUGUUUCGUCAGGAAGUGGAAAACAUCAUGCAACUUCUCGACUGGUUCAAGAGUGACGUCUUGGACGACGAACAAAGACUAAGGUGUAUUGAUGUGUUCAACAAAGCAGCCGAGCUACUUGCAAAGAUGAUGGGGGACAAGCGAUUUAAUGCGGUUUUUAAUAUGCUGAAAGACAAGUGCCUACUGUUGCAAGAUGAAAAAAGGUUAAGUGACUGUCUUACUUCACUAGGGAUAAAAGAGGCAUUCAGUUGUUUCUUUUCCCUUCAUCUGUCCGUUGAAGCUGGAGAGAGAGCUAAAGAUUACUUUAUGGAAGCCGAUAGAAUCCAGAGCGACCUUCCAAUUAAUACCGGUAAUAGCAGAGCCCAGUGCCUUGCCAAACAUGGCCGUUGUGUCUCUAUAGAUGGCGAAUUUGGCAAAGGAAAGGAGAUGAUUAAAAAAGCAAUCGAUAUUCGUAAGGGGCAUGGCGAAGAGGAUAGAGUCAUGUUAGGUGCAACAUACAACGACUUAGCAGGUGAGCCUAAGUUCCUCCUGCACACAGGGAGUCCUCGACAUCGUACCCAGGGUCCUCUCCCUUUCGCCCUCGAGAAAGAAGUGUGAAGAAAUGGUAUCUUAGAUAAGAAGGGGAUGCAGACAACCGAAGGAAAGUUAGCCUAUGAACAGGCUUUCUGUUUGGGAAAAGUGUGAAAAAGUGGCGAGGAGAGGGAAGGGAAAGGGUGAGAGCCUGUAGACAAACACUUUCCCCGAACAGAGAGCCUGUUCACAGGCUAAAGGAAAAGUUAAAAGCCUGAGGCACAAGGCGUUAAGUUCUUUCCUAGAUCCGUCCCUAGGGAUGGUUGAUCCCAGCGGCUGGCUAUCUUGCCGUGCGGGCUUUGUCCAAAGAGAAUCAGUUAUGAAUAUACUAAACUUUAACAUGAAGUUUCGACUCAGUGUGAUUCUCGAUUUCCUAUGUCUCCUAGCUUGAAACCAUUUUAGCCUAAAUUUUAUUUUAACCUUCUACAGAUACAAACCACGAGCCCAUGACCCGGAGUGAGCAACUUCCAUAUGUACUCGUGUCACGUCGUUUCGGCACGGACCAAUUUAUUUUUUGAACGAUUUUGGUGCGAAUUUAUAUUCCCACAAACCAGUAAGCAAAUCCUACAGACCUGAAAACUUUAUUACUGACCUUUUAAUGAUAUUUAGUAUUCUUUUUUCAUAUCUUAUACUUUGAAUGCGCUCAUAGACGGAGCGGACCGUCCAUUUUCGCGGGAAAACUAAAGUGUAUCUCAACACAAACCAGUUCGUGAAAACGCCACCCCUCCCCCUACAGGCAUAGGUGUAGCUAAAGGCUUUGCUCGCUCCAGGUUAUGCCAAAGGCUCCUAUACAAACUCGUUACAUAUUUUCAUGAUUUUCAAGUUCACAAUGCCAUGGUAAUGUGCUACGUUACGAAAACUGUGAAUUUCUCCUGUGUUCUAGUUGUCCUCUCCCUGGAAGCGGCACAUCAUCAAAAACAACAUCAACAAGAACGAGAACGAGAACGAGAACGAGAACGAGAACGAGCCAAUGCACUUUUUCGAGAAGCCGUAAAAUGCAGAACACGUGAAACGCUUCCAAUAUACAGAGAAAAGCUGGGCGAUCAUCCUUUUACAGCUACCAUCCUAAACAACCUGUCCAAAAACUACCGUGCUCUGGAAGAGUUCGAACACGCUAAAAAGUGUUCAGAGGAAGCGCUGAAAAUUCGGCGGGUAUUCCUUCAGGAGCACACGGAAACAGCUUUAUCUCUAUUUGAGGUUGCAAUGGUUCUUAAGGAAACGAACGAGUUACAAGCAGCGAAAACUAACCUUGAGCAGUGUUUAGCCAUGCAGAAGAAGGUGCUGGAUGAGAAACACAAGGAUCUUGAAAGGUAA